AUGGCAUCAGGCGAUAUUCAAUCAGAUGAAAGUCUCUACCCAAUUGCUGUUUUAAUUGAUGAACUUCGUAAUGAAGAUGUUCAGUUACGUUUAAAUAGUAUAAAAAAAUUAUCCACUAUUGCAUUGGCACUCGGUGUUGACAGAACACGAUCUGAACUCAUUCCAUUUCUUACUGACACGAUCUAUGAUGAAGAUGAAGUUUUAUUGGCAUUAGCUGAACAAUUAGGAACAUUUACACAACUUGUUGGUGGUGAAAGUCAUGUUCAUGUUUUAUUGCCACCAUUGGAAAGUUUGGCUCAAGUUGAAGAAACAAUUGUACGUGAUAAAGCUGUUGAAUCACUUCGUUUAUUAGCACCACAACAUUCAACAACAGAUUUAGAAACAUAUUUCGUACCAACUGUUAAACGUUUAGCACAAGGUGAUUGGUUUACAUCCCGUACAUCAGCAUCAGGUCUUAUAUCUGUUUGUUAUGCACGUGUUUCAAAUCAUGUUAAAGGCGAAUUACGACAAUUAUUUAAAAGUCUUUGUCAAGAUGAUACACCAAUGGUUCGUCGUGCAGCAGCAUCAAAAUUAGGUGAAUUUGCUAAAGUUGUUGAAGCAGAUUAUUUACGUCAAGAACUUGUACCAUUAUUUAAUAAUUUGGCAAAUGAUGAACAAGAUAGUGUACGACUUUUAGCUAUUGAAGCUGGUAUUGCUAUGGCUGGUUUAUUUCGACAUGAAGAUCUUGAACAACAAAUGAUGCAAACAUUACGUGCAGCAACUGAAGAUAAAUCUUGGCGUGUACGAUAUGUUAUUGCUGACAAACUUGUUGAUCUUCAAAAAGCAGUUGGUCCAGAAAUAACAAAAAAUGAUUUAGUCAAUGCUUAUUGCUCGUUAUUAAAAGAUCCUGAAGCUGAAGUACGAGCAGCAGCAGCAUCAAAAUUAAAAGAUUUUUGUAAUAAUUUACCAACGGAUACACGCGAACAAGUUAUAAUGGCACAAAUUUUACCAUGUGUCAAAGAUAUGGUUGGUGAUAUGAAUCAACAUGUCAAAUCGGCUUUAGCUUCGGUUAUUAUGGGUCUUUCACCUAUACUUGGCAAGGACAAUACACUUGAACAUCUUUUACCAUUAUUUCUUAAUCAAUUGAAAGAUGAUUAUCCAGAAGUUCGACUUAAUAUUAUUUCAAAUCUUGAUUGUAUUAAUGAAGUUAUUGGAGUUCGUCAAUUAUCACAAAGUCUUUUACCAGCUAUUGUUGAAUUAGCAAAUGAUGCUAAAUGGCGUGUUCGUCUUGGUAUUAUUGAAUAUAUGCCAUUAUUAGCUGGUCAACUUGGUCCAGAAUUUUUUGAUGAAAAAUUAAGUAGUCUUUGUAUGAGUUGGCUUACUGAUCAUGUUUUUGCUAUUCGUGAAGCCGCAACAAAUAAUUUAAAAAAAUUAGUUGAAAAAUUUGGUCGUGAUUGGGCACAGAAUACAGUUAUACCUAAAGUUAUACAAUUAGCACGUGAACAAAAUUAUUUAUAUCGAAUGACAUGUUUAUUUGCUAUAAAUGUCUUAGCUGAACCUUGUGGUCAAGAAGUUACACAACGAAUGAUGUUACCAACAGUUAUAACACUUGCAAGUGAUCCUGUUGCUAAUGUUCGAUUUAAUGUUGCCAAAACAUUACAACGUAUCUAUUCAGCUAUUGAUCAAAGUACAUUGGGUUCACAAGUUAAACCAUGUUUGGAAAAAUUAAAUCAAGAUGCAGAUCAUGACGUUCAAUAUUUUGCUAAUGAAGCUUUAGAAAAAAUACUAGCAGCACGUUUUUCUCUUAAUAAUUAUGAUAAAGAAGAUUCUACUCGGACUCUGAUGUCAUCUAACUUUGUUGCAUUAGAAGAAUUAUCUGAAUUUCUUGAUCUACAAGGUCGUCUUGAUCUUAAAUCACUUGCACUUCAAACAUUACUUUCAAUAACUGCAUCGAAAGAAGGUCGUCAUUUAAUAUUAUCAUUACCUAAUGAUGAUUCUAAACCAUCAUUAUUAUCACGUGUUUGUCAUUUAAUAUUUGAAGAUGUUCAAGAAUCAAUUCGUUUUGAUUCAUUACUUUUCUUAAUUAAUUUAACAAGUGAUAAUGAAUUAUCAAUAUUAAAUCAUAAACAAACAUCAAUUACAAAUGAUUUCUGGUUACAAUUAUUAAAACGUUGCAUUGAUGAUCGUCAAUAUGAACAUGCUGAUGCUGGAUGUAAACUUCUAUCAAAUAUAACAUCACGCACGAUAACAAUAGAUCAAAUUAAUGAAUUUAUAGAUCAUUUAGAUAAAAAUGAUCCAUCAUGGUUUGAUCAUUUAAUACAAGCUUUUUCUACGAUUGAUUAUAAUCUUAAAAAAAAUAAUCUAGAUUAUUUAUCAGGAGUUCUUGUGAAUUUAACACAAUCGAAAGUUAUUCGAGAACGUUUAAGAAGUAAUGAACAUUUAAAACGUUUAUUAUGUUUUACGGAUCAAAAUCAUUCAACUAUUCGACGAGGAAGUGUUGCUUGUAUACUUAAAAAUUGUUGUUUUGAUCAUGAAAGUCAUGAAAAAUUAAUUCAUGAUGAGAAUGAUAAUGAUGAAUUUAUUUGUGCAUUACUUUUACCACUUGCUGGUCCAACAGCUGAUGAAUUAACAGAAGAAGAAAAUGAACAGUUACCAAUUGAUUUGCAAUAUUUACCAAGUACUAAACAACGUGAAUCAGAUCGAGAUAUUCAACAAAUUCUUCUUGAAACAAUACUUCUAUUAUGUGCAACAAAACCGGUUCGUGUAUAUCUUCGUUCCAAACAAAUUUAUUACAUAAUACGACAAUACCAUCAACAAGAAAAUUUAGAUUUUAAUUCUAGUCGUACAUGUGAACGAAUUAUUCAAAUAUUAAUUGGUGAUGAAGAUUAUUAUGUCGAAACGGAUAAUCUACUUGAAUUAAAUAUACCGGAUAAUUUAAGAGAAAAAUUUCAAGAAAUUGAUAAAAAAGAAGAAGCAGAAAAUAUCAUUGAUGAAUGA